UUAUUCUGUGAUUCACUUGACAAAUUAUCACGACAAUAUUGUCACUGAGAGAGAGAGAGAGGUGGGAAUUCUGAAAGAUUAGAGCAUGUCUGCAACUGCAACUGCAACUGUGGUAGGCUCUAUUUCAACAACAACUAAAACUAGAAGUAGAAGUAGAAGUAGAAGUAGAACCGCAUUUGCCGCCACAAACUUCCCGGCUACUCCACUAUCCUCCAAUCUCCUCCACUUGAGGUUCUCUCACAUUCACACUAGUUCUUCUAAGCGAACCUCAACCUUCCAUGGCUUCAAGCGCUUCUCCCCCGUCAUGGAGUGGCAGGAUUGCACGGUUAAGAUGGAGAUUGAUGUGCCCGUCUCUGUUGCCUAUACUUGUUACUCUGAUCGUGAAGCCAUCCCAAAAUGGAUGCCCUUUAUUUCCUCUGUUAAGAUAUUGCCAGAAAAACCUGAACUGUCACGAUGGUCCUUGAAGUAUAAGGCAUUUGGUCGUGAUAUUGAAUUCUCUUGGCUUGCUCGUAAUAUGCAGCCCAUUCCUAAUCAGAAAAUCCACUGGCGAUCUAUGGAAGGUCUUCCAAACAGAGGUGCUGUGCGGUUCUAUCCAAAAGGUCCUUCAUCAUGCGUAGUAGAACUGACAGUCUCAUAUGAGGUUCCACAACUUUUAGCUCCAGUGGCAUCGGCACUUCAACCUUUUCUUGAAGGUUUACUUCAACGUGGUUUGGAAAGAUUUGCUAAGUUCGCCAAAAGCUACUAAACCUCUGAUUUUUUAAUGAUUGUCCUGAUUUUUAGAGCAGGACUCCAUUUCUAAAAUUGAACAUACCUGACCUUUUUAAUGGCGAUCUUACUUUUUGUCUAAACAUUACUUGAAUUACUUUUCAUCCAGUCUUGGUUACAUGGAUGGAUAUCCCAUUUUUAAGUGUUAAUUAUGUAUACCUUUUAUGGAACUCAGGGUCUUAAUGCAAAAUAA